GCUGAACGAGCGGCUGGAGGACAGAAACUGCGGCUGCGCAGCAACACGUCAGCGGGCGAGAAAACAGAAGAAACACGUGAAGCUUUCUUUAAUUUAGCUGUUUGCAUCCGGAGAAGUUCGCCUCCGUCUCUGCGUGACUGUCCAGCUGCUGCCUUGAUAAAACCUCUCCGGCCUCGUGAAGAUCAGCGAGACUUCCUGCGGAGGUUUUACUCCAACACAGAAUUUAGCUUCAGCACAAACUAGUGGAGACUUGCAGGGACGGUGCAUUUUCCAGGCGGUUGCAGAUCUGGGUUGGUCCCAGCCCACUCUGAUCCAGGAGAAGGCCGUCCCUCUGGCCCUGGAGGGGAAAGACCUGCUGGCUCGAGCCCGGACCGGCUCCGGAAAGACCGCGGCUUAUGCCAUACCUGUGAUCCAGCGCGUCCUGGCCUCCAAACAGAGCGUUCGUGAGCAGGACGUGAGAGCUCUGAUCCUGGUACCAACCAAGGAGCUGGGUCAGCAGGUUCAGACCAUGAUCAGACAGUUGACGGCGUACUGCUCCAGGGACGUCCGGGUGGCCGACAUCUCCGGGAAAGCGGACCUGUCGGCGCAGAGGCCCAUCUUAAUGGAGAAGCCUGACGUGGUCGUGGGGACGCCGUCCCGUGCGCUCGCCCACCUCAACGCCCGGAACCUGGUCCUGCAUUCGUCCCUGGAGACGCUGGUCGUAGAUGAGGCCGACCUGCUCUUCUCCUUUGGCUUCGAGGCGGACCUGAAGAACUUGUUGUGUCACCUGCCGAAGAUCUACCAGUCGUUCCUGAUGUCUGCGACUCUCACUGAGGAUGUUCAGGCCUUAAAGGAGCUGCUGCUACACAACCCUGUGAUCCUGAAGCUCCAGGGCUCUCAGCUCCCCGACAGCAGCCAGCUGCAGCAGUACAGCGUUAAAUGCGAGGAGGAGGACAAGUUCCUGCUCAUCUACACGCUGCUGAGGCUGCGGCUGGUUCAGGGCAAGACGCUGGUGUUCGUGGGAGCGGUGGAGCGAUGCUACAGACUCAAACUGUUUCUGGAACAGUUUGGGAUUCCUGCCUGCGUGCUGAACUCGGAGCUGCCCGUCCAGUCCAGGAGUCACAUCAUCACUCAGUUUAAUCAGGGGUUUUACGACUACAUCAUCGCCACAGACGAAACCAGCCUGGCCGACCCCACUGCUGCUCCGCAGACGACUGCAGGCAAAGGGAAGAAGAAAAAGACCGCAGAGAAAGGAGGAAAGACUAAGGACAAGGAGUACGGCGUCUCCAGAGGUGUGGACUUCCAAAACGUUGCCAAUGUCAUCAACUUUGAUUUCCCCGCGUCUGUAGAAUCAUACAUUCAUCGAGUUGGAAGAACGGCGCGAGCAGACAACCCCGGCACGGCUCUGUCCUUCAUCUCUCACACUGAGCUGGGUUUGCUGUCGGAGGUGGAGGAGGCCCUCGCAGGAGAUCACGCUGAAUCUGUUCUGAAGCCUUAUGAGUUUAAGAUGGAAGAGAUUGAAGGCUUCAGGUACAGGUGCAGGGACGCGAUGCGUUCAGUGACCAAGCAGGCGGUCAGGGAGGCCCGGCUGAAAGAGAUCAAACAGGAGCUGCUCAAUUCAGAAAAACUGAAGACAUAUUUUGACGAUAACCCCAGAGAUCUGCAGCUGCUCAGACACGACAAAGACCUGCAUCCUGCUGUCGUCAAGCCCCACCUGAGGAACGUGCCCGAGUACCUCAUUCCUGAGACCCUGAGGGGCGCCGUGAAUCCGCUGUUAAGCAGCAGGAGGAGGAAGAGGAAGGAAAAAGCCAAGCCGGAAGGAGUCGUCAAGAGCAGCUUCAAGCAUGUUGUGUUCAUCAGCAGAGGUUCCAUCCUCCACAGUAACGUUUUCCUCGUGCACCAGGCGAGUGAAAAAAGAACAUCCAGGGGAAGAACCCGCUGAAGAGUUUCCGAUACACCGGAGGGAGGAACAGAAAAGGCAAAGCAGGCCGGUCAUAGCUGCAGCCGCAGUCCACGUGAACGUGUGAAUAUGUUGUAACUGUGCAGAGACCGUCUGCAGGAGGACGGGAUGGCGAGACAAAUAUAAACUGCAUGGACUGUGGAUGAAACGGCCUGCUGAAGCUUUAUGGGCCGCGGACAGAAUGGACUUUUGUGAACUUUGGAACAGUUUGAAGUUGGAUUUUUAUCUAAUCCAAACAUGAUGUGAGUGUGGGCUGAGAAUAUGGGAUGAAUGCAGCGUCCAUAUCUUUUUGUUUCACUCUGGAAACAUUCAUAAUGUUUAUUAAAAUAAAAAGAUUUCUUCUCAAA